AUGUCAUCCUCUACAGAUAUUGCGUUCGCAGACCUUGCCUCGCACAGGUCAGGCGAUGCAAUUCCCUUCUACGAAACCGAAGGCCAGAUUCUGGAGUUAUGGGACCAGCUGAACGAAUUGAGACUUGAACAGGCCCUCCUCGAAGCUGAAACUACUGUGCCUCUAAUGCAGCAACCUUUGACGGAUGAGGAAAUGGAUUCGCAGGUGACGAUUGCCGAGAAAGAGUGUCUGGAGGCUAGAGCUACAUAUUUACUCAAGCAGAGUGUGGUGGAAGAUGUCCUCAUCGUUGAUCCAGUACUCAAAGCUGUACACUCUGGUCUCAAUGCAACGCCUACGGAGAGAGCUCUACAUCCUUUGAUCGACCGACGAGACACGCUUGAGAUAGCACACACCAAUCUGUCCUCCACUCUCCAAACGCUAUUGAAGGAAGCUGCCAUGCUGUCAGCAGACAGCAUCCGCGCAAUGGAGAAGAAUCGAGCUUUGACCGCGACACUCCUUGUUCUUGCCGAAAAGGUCCAAGCCCAACGAGAUGAAAUUAUAAUGGAUCCAAGGUUCAGCGCACAGCUUGAUGGAUUGCGGAUAGAUGCUGCAACAGCGAGGCAAAGAUGGAGGAUCAUGAAGAGUGUCGUUGCAGCAGUCAUAGCCGGGAGCGGGGUGGAUUGGGCGCGAGAUGAUACUCUACGAGAUCUGGUAUUGGACGACGAGAACGAAGCAGACUGA